AUCCUAUAGAACAUGCUUUUAUUGUUGCCAUUGGCAAAUAACACUUCGACAUUCCGGGAAUGUUUUUCAUCCGGAAAGUAAAUAAAAAUGUUAUUUAAUAAAUGAAUAAUUUUUGUGAGUUAUUAAAUUAUUAUAGAUGUUGUGUAAUAAAAGGUUAAGAAUCCGACGGUCAAUUUAUUUGUUUUGGACCGAGGAUUAAAUGGUUAUAACCUCUCAAACCUUAAAAUGCAAUCUUUGAGGAAUUUUGAUGGUACUGACUAUGUCAGCUUAAAUAUCAACGAUAGUGGUAUUAAUACACGAAUAUCAUCAAGAAGUUUGUGGAGGCAAUGGAACCAACUAUCCCGAUUUCAGAGAAAUAUAUGUUACUUUGUAAUUAUAACGAUUCUUCUCCUCAUCUUUUAUUUUUUACCGGGAGACAAUCUAAACUCUAUCUCUGACAAUGAAAUUGAUUAUGAAGGUGGCAAUCUUGAUAAAAUUACUACAAAAACAUUCAAGAUAAUAGAAGAAACUCAUAUUGAUCAUAAUGAUCAUGUAGAUCAGAAUGAAGGUGCUGCGGUAGGACAGGUAAUUGAAGAACCUGAGUUCCCACCAGAAAUAAAUCAAGUAGACGACGAUCAAAUAGGUGAACCUCCUCAACCUAAACCCAACGUGCUCAAAUUUAAUGGGCCUCAGAAUGAACGACAAAAAGCUAUAGUAAAAGCGUUUAAACAUUCGUGGAAAGGAUACAAAAAAUAUGCUUGGGGUCGUGAUAAUGUUAAACCUAUUUCGAGAGGUUAUCAUGAAUGGUUCGGAUUAGGACUUACAAUAGUUGAUUCGUUAGAUACCAUGUAUAUGAUGGCUUUGAAUGAAGAGUAUACAGACGCUCGUAAUUGGGUUGAAAAUAAUCUAAAAUUCGAUCUCAACCGCGACGUGAAUCUUUUCGAAGUAACAAUACGAGUCCUUGGUGGAUUAUUAUCAGCCUAUCAUCUCUCGGGUGACAAAUUAUUCUUAGACAAAGCUACAGAUCUGGGCGAUCGCAUGAUGCCUGCUUUUUCUACAACCUCUGGGGUGCCGUAUUCUGAUGUAAAUUUAGGUACAAAGAGUGCUCAUAGUCCUAAAUGGGGUCCAGACAGUAGUACAAGUGAAGUUACAUCUAUUCAAUUAGAAUUUCGCGAUCUUAGUCGCAUUACCGGCCAACCGAGAUUCGAAACAGCUGCUGCUAAAGUUUCGGAGCACAUUCAUGAACUUGAAAAAUAUGACGGAUUAGUUCCCAUUUUCAUUAAUGCCAAUACUGGACUUUUUAGAAAACACGCAACAAUUACAUUAGGAGCUCGUGGAGAUAGUUACUACGAGUACUUACUUAAACAAUGGUUGCAAACUGGGAAAACCAUUGAUUACUUACGAGAUGAUUAUCUUUUGGGAAUUUAUGGGACUGAAAAACAUCUCGUCAGGCGCACUGCAAAAAAUAAAUACUUAUUCAUAGCAGAACUUAUUGGUGUUUCAAGAGAUAUGAAACCAAAAAUGGACCAUUUAACAUGUUACUUACCAGGAACAUUAGCUCUAGGUGUUCACCAUGGUUUACCCGAUGAACACAUGACUUUGGCUAAAGAACUCACGAAUACCUGCUAUCAAACUUAUGCUAUACAGCCAACUUUUUUAGCCCCAGAAAUUACAUAUUUUAAUGUUCAAGGAAUUGAAGAUGAUAAUCAGUUAGAUAUGUAUGUCAAAAAUACCGAUGCUCAUAAUUUAUUACGUCCGGAAUUUAUUGAAAGCCUUUUUUAUAUGUGGUACUUUACUGGAAAUAAAACAUACCAAGAUUGGGGCUGGAAAAUUUUUCAAGGUUUUGAAAAUUACACAAAAGUUGAGAAUGGCUACACAAGCAUCGGUAAUGUACGAAAUCCUUUGAAUACAAGACCUCGUGACAUGACUGAAAGUUUCUGGUAUGCAGAGACAUUGAAGUACUUGUAUUUAUUGUUCGACGAUACGAGGCAGUUGGUAGAUCUUGAUCGAUGGGUAUUCAAUUCUGAGGGUCAUCCUUUACCUAUGUAUGAAAUUUAAAAUAGCUUUUUUAUUCUGUCUGAAAUUAACGAAAGUCUUUGUGAAAUUAAAUACACGGAGUGCAAAUGAUUUUUAUAGUAAUAUUUAACUAAGUAUAAACUAAUUACAUAAUUUAAUUUAGAUGAAUGAUUGAAGUUUUAAAUGUUCAUUCGUUCUUCCACGAUAGUUCAAGUUAUUAAUUUGCAAAGACUUUUGAUAAUCGGAACUCUUAAUAGAAAAAUGACUUUAGGGAAAAAUUUCAUUAUAGAACAUAAUUAUAUGCAUAUUUUCUACCAAUUACUAUUUUUAUCGCGACUUAAAGUCUCUUAAGUUGAUAGGAAAAUAUUGUUUUUAAAUAUACAUUAUUUUAAGAUUAAAAUCAAUUGGUUAUUGUUAAGUUGUAAGUUUAAAAUUUUUCUAUUUAUAAUUUUGUUAUUAGAACUAUACUUUUACUAUAAACCAAUUUUUUUUUUUGAUAAAAUCAUGUAAUUUGCGACAUAAAAGGAUUUUAAAUGAUAACGACUGGUAGAAAAAAUGAGAAACAAGUAGAAACAUCUAGUCUAUUAUUAAUUUAUGUAAACGUCAAUUAUGUUUGAUAAAUAAUUCUACUAUUAAA